AUGCCGCCCUCUCGCCCAAACCGCAACCGCAGCGGCCACGUGCUGGCGCACGCGAGCACCCAGCGCCUGUACCUGCGAAAGGGCAAGGCAGAGCAGCGCAUCGUCAAGGUGGUCGACUCACCAUGCCUGGCGGAGGGGGAGGCCUCCUUUGCGGUCAGCGACAGCGGCGUCGUCGACUACAAAGAGUGA